UUCGUCGAUCUACAGGCUAGUGAUACUUCGGCGGCUCUGCUGCCCGUUCGUGUUACAUGUCGUCGGGGCAGCAUUCCUCUCCAUCCUUAUCCUAUCUUCAGCCUGUUCCUCCUGUUCCCCGACUACCAUUAUCAGCUUAUUCAACCGUCUUUAUCAGAGCAACCACAGACAACAGAGAUCUUGAUGAAAGGUUACUGUACCGCUAAGGGUGCAAACAAUACUGCAAGACUGAGUUCCUCUCAAUCGCCACAUUCGCCGCCAAUUAACAACACUUGUGCUAGCAGCAAACAGAGUCUCCGAGUGCCGGUCAGGCCGUCGCCUGGAACCAUCUCCUCCUCAUCUUCCGUAUCUUGCUCACCGAUCUCAUCUUCCCUCUCAGCCGCCUCAGUCCCCUCCACUUCGAGCCGGAUCUUUUCGGAGUUCAGCCGAUCGGCGGAACAGACCAUACCCAAUCGUCCAGUGCCUGGUGUCUGCAGACCAACGAAACAAAGCCAUGCUCUUCCAGAGCAUCCAUUACUGAAAGAGCCAUCUUCGCCUUGUCGUUGCAACUGCCUUGAAUAUCUCAACCAGCUCUUACUCCAGCCACGAUUUGUGCUUCUCCUCAUUCGAGUAAUCGAAGCUGAUAGCCUUGUGGGAGCAAAGGCCAAAUCUGUGAUGGCAUCUCUUCUCUCGAUUAUUUUGCACGACCAUAUGGACGUAUAUACGCAGCAACCAUUCACGUUUGUAGAGGACCUGGAGUUCGUAUGAGUUCUCUUUUCUGCAAUGACCGAGUUUAUGCAGAAAAUCUAUUUUAGCGGUGAAGCCAGCCGUCUAAUAACUGUCUUUCGACGGUCAGAAUCUGUCAGCACGAAGUUGCUCUCCAACUGGCUCAGCUUCUUAGCCUAUCCCUUAAUUCAGGAAGAGAUUGGUCAACCCCUCUACAAUUUUUACUUGGCUUUACGGCAACAGUGUAAUUCUGGUCCACGAGACGCAGUCACCGGCAACGCUCAUUACACACUUGACAUUGGAACUGUGCUAAAAUCGGAUAUUCAACCCAAUCACUUGACGUUGUUUGUGAUUGAUCCAAAUCACAGCUUCCAUCUUGCAGAUGAGAAACAACCUGUCCAUCUUCUUGAUUGCGAUUCUGUGACACAAGCGAAGGAGAAGGUACUCGACUGUAUAUUUGGAGGGGAACCUUAUUCAAGCCGUGCGAAGCCAUUCGAGAUAGUUUUAGGCAAGUCCAUGAAAAAUAUACUUUCUUUUAGUGCCUUGCUGCUAAGUUCUUAA